AUGCGUGAAAUCAUUAAUGUUUCAGUAUCUCACAGAUCUAAUCAUUUGAUUACGCAGUUUUACAACUGCCUGGAACCUUUAUUACAUGAUGCAGAUCAAGAAAACGACGUGUUCCUAAACCCCAAUAUAGACAAAGUUAGUAAGACUGUAUCCUAUACACCUAGGGCACUACUUUGGGAUGCUAAGCUAGGGAACGGAUCCCUUGGCACCUAUCAGUACGUUUCAGAAAACGAUUAUGCGGAUACUUUAGACUCAGAGCAGGGUGCGACUGCAAAGACCGCGCAUAGGGUGCAGACACACGAUAGGAUUAGAAAAUCCCCGUAUCAAUUGGCAUUAGAUCAAGGUGCUACUGUACUUCCCAAGAUCAAUGAUGAAAUCGCUAAAUAUUGGUCCGACUAUAGCAAGUUGAUUUAUGAUCCAAGCAGUUUCAAUACUUUACAAGAUUGGUACCAUGAUGCAGCUAACCAGCAGAAGGCACCAAACUUUCAAAACUUACGUCAGGUAUAUUUUGAUAAUUAUGAAACUGGAUCAAAUCAGUUUAGGGAAAACUACUCCAAUGAAUUCUUCGACUCAAAUUUACAUCAACAGUUGGAAAAAUGUGAUUCGUUACAAGGUUUUAACAUAAUAACGGAACUCGACAAUGGUUGGGGCGGAUUUUCAUCUUCAAUGCUUUUAGAAUUGAAAGAUGAGCUACCAAAAGUAUCCUAUCACACUUAUGGAUGGAAUCAAGACGACGUAUGUUCGUUAAAGGAACCAGUUCAUUCCACUAAAACUAAAUUCCAAAUGUUAUGCAAUAAAAUUCGAGCAACUAUCGCAUUGUCACAAGAAUCUGACCUUUUCUUCCCUCUCUAUGCCAACACGAAAGAGGCCUUUUGGCGAUCAACAGGGGAGACUGUGCUUCUCUUUGAUUCUGUAAAUUCGGUUUUCCACGGGUCUCGCAAACAAGCCGCUACCAAUUCGAAUAUGAGGAAAAUGUCCCAUUUAACUAAUGCUUUGACUCUUGGAGAAUCCAAAAGGAAUAUAGUAUCUAAGCUUAACGUGGAUGAAUACAAUUCGUUUUCUUUCUAUGAUCGAAUGCCGCUCUAUAAAAACUCGAAAAAACCGUCGCAUACGUUCACCCAAUGUGAAAUCGAUCGUGUGAACCAUAAAGAAUCAUCUAUGUUCCACUUCACCACGUAUCCCUGGACAAAUUCAGAUACUAUACCAGAUACUCAUCAUUCAUGUGCUGAAAGUGUAAUAGGUGUUACCGAAAAGCCUAGGGACGUUCUUAAAACGUGGGAAGACUUAGUAUCAAGAUAUUUCCGGUACGAUUCUGAUAGAGAAGAAAUCAAAGAUCAUCUUGGCACUCUUUCUUUAGAGUAUGAACAUGGCUGGUACGAUGAUGACGAUUCGGAUUUAGAUUUAUAG